AUGAUGGAAAAGAAGGCAGACGUUGCGGAGUCACAGGGAGAUGAUGUGAUUGUGGAGGGCGAGUCGCUAACGUUUACUGAGGAAGAAGAGAGGAGAAUAGUGAGGAAGAUUGAUUGUGUCGUGCUGCCUCUACUAUGUUUUGUCUUCCUCGCACAAUAUCUCGACAAACAAACCAUCUCGUACGCUUCUGUAUUUGGUUUAAUCACAGACCUCAACCUCACCGGCUCGCAAUACUCAUGGUGCACCUCCAUCUUCUACGUCGGCCAACUCGUAGCCGAGUAUCCGUUCAUCUACCUGAUGUCGCGACUGCCCCUGGUCAAAUUCGUCGGCGCCACCAUCAUCGUCUGGGGCGGCAUCUGCAUGUGCCUAGCCGCAGCGCAGGACUACCCCAGCUUCGCUGCAGUGCGCUUCCUGCUCGGCUUCGCGGAAGGCGCCGUGUCGCCUGCCUUUGUGACGCUGUCGUCCAUCUGGUACCGCAAGCGCGAGCACGCCACCCGCAUCGGGUGCUGGAUCACCAUGAAUGGCCUGGCCCAGGUGCUCGGCUGCUUCCUCAUGUACGGCAUUGGCAGGAAUGGCGCACUGAACUUGGCGCCUUGGCGCGUGCUGUUCCUUGUGUGCGGCGCGUUCACGACGUUCCUUGGCGUCUGCUUCUACGUGCUCAUGCCGAGCGGGCCUGACAAGGCCUGGUUCUUGACGGAGCGCGAAAGGGAGUGCUUGAAGGCGCGGUUGGCCCUCGAUCACGAGGGUGGUGAUCAGACGAGCUUUUCGGUCGAGCAGCUGAAAGAGGCGCUCACAGACCCGAGAGCCUGGUUCUCCUUUGCGUUUGGCGUGCUUGUAUGCAUGCAGAGUCCGGUGCUGACGUUCGCCUCCCUCGUCAUCAAAUCCAUCGGCUACACCAAAUUCGAAACAAUGCUCUACACCGCGCCUUCCGGCGCCGUCCAAAUCCUCAUGAUCUGGCUCGGCAUCCUGGGCUGCCGCCUGCUCCCGACGCAUCGCUGCAUCGUCAUCCUAGCCCUCAUCAUACCGCCCUUCGUCGGCAACAUCCUGCUGCUCAAACUCUCCAUCGCCGACGGCUGGGGCCUGAUCGUCGCGAGCUGGCUGGCGUCGUGCAUCAGCGCCAUCAUGUCCGUGCUGCUGUCGCUCAGCGCCAGCAACGUCAAGGGCAACACCAAGCGCGCCGUCGUCAACUCGCUGUUUUUCAUCGGUUAUUGCGCUGCAUUGAUUGGCGCCCCGCAGCUGUGGACGGUCGGGCCGCGGUACUUUGAGGGCGUGGUGACGGGGAUUGUCACGUGGUGUUUGCUGGUGGUGGCUGUGUGCGCGUAUUGGUGGCUGUGUUGGGCGGAGAAUAGGCGGAGGGAUAGGCUGGGGUUGGAGGCGAUGGGGGUGCCGGGGGGCCAGGAUGUGACGGAUAAGAAAGAUUUGGGCUUCCGAGGGCUGUGCAAGAGCGAGCUCAUAUAUGAUUUCAAGGCUUACCGCGCUCUCUCUUUGGCUGUGAACAUCAUUCAGGUCGUUGUCUGGGGUCGCCAAGUCAUUGACGUACUCAAGGGUGGUGAAAUCUACCAGACCCAGAGAGAUGCGGCUACGAACUUCCAGAAUGCCACUGGCUCGCUUCAAAAGCAGCUGUCGCUGCAGUCCCAACCAAUCACCGCUGAAGAUCAGUCUCUUCUCCAAAUCGCACAAACAUGCAAGACCGCAGCAGACAACCUCUUGAAAGAAUUGGGGCCCACGAAAGAUACUAACAGGUUGAAGCUGGCGAUGAGGGCUCCUUUCAAGGGACCUGGCAUCAAGAAACUGGAUGAGGAACUCGCGUUCUGCCAAAGAGUUCUCGAGACCCAGUUGCUGGUUGGAAUGAGGUAA